AUGAACGCCACAGCGUGCAGUUCGUGCAAGGGUGCCUUCGACUUCCACGAGUACGCUACGUGCGAACGGUGCAAACACUCGUUCCACAUCGGGUGCGUGAAAUAUGACGACUCGGUGUGGUUUAACUCGUGGCGGUGUGAGGGAUGCCGAACAGAAGGGCGCGCCAAAUCGACGAAGCCGUUGAGGCACAAAGCCUCCCCCGAGCGGGAGGAACUAAGUAGACGGGCGCGCCGCGUGUCACCCGUACAGAGACAACUCGAACUGCGCGAAGCGCUCGAGAAACUAGAUAAGCAAAGCGGGGAGCUACGCGACACGCGCAGCAAAAAUAAUGCGCUGCACGAGCCGCUCCUGCAGGCGGAGCAGAAGCACUCCAACGUGCAACUGCAAAGUCGGAGGUACAUUCAGCAACUGGCCGCGGUGCAUGAAGAAAUAGUGGGCGAGGUGGAGGAAGAAAUGUAUCGGCUGCGCAAGGAGAAUGAGCUCCUCCAGGCACAGCACGAAGCGCUGUUGGCAAGCUAUGAUAAGAAGAUUGCCGACGCGGAACGCGACGCCAAAGAGACGAUCGGUAGGCUCGGCCGAGCAAAUGCACAGCUUACCAAUCAGCUGCAUCAGCUGAUGACAUGCCAGGCCAAGCCCACAACCAGCGCCGGCCUCGGGGCAGCCACCUCGGAGAAGGUGGCGAACGAAAGUCCCCGAACAGCCAACGUGAAACCGAUGCCCGUCCCGACCAGUCAGCAGGCUGCAACCGCUACACUGCGCCGUGUCAGUGAAACGCCACUGCCGCCGCCACUGCCGCUGCCACUGCCGCCGCCGGCGCAACAAACAGCGCAGCCGCCGCCGCCACAUAGGGCGCCGCCACAUAGGGCGCCGCCACAGCCGCCGCCGCUACAACCUCCGACGCCGCCGGCGCCACUGCCGCAACUAAAAGAUACCGAAACAUUAUCCUUUACUGGUGACGUUUUUGCAGUGUACUGUGCCGCGCAUUGUGUGGUCGGAGAUGCAGUGUGCAAAUGCACCACAGAUGAUGGAAGACUUCCGCUCAACAGCGACAGCGAGGACUAUAAUGCGCCCAAAAAAUAG